AUGGCUGACUUAUUCUCUAGAGAUAAAGUAACAUUCUUCCAAACUCUAAAAAAAAUAACUAUAUUAAACCCUUUUAAAAAAGAUGGUAGCAUUUUUUCAUAUUUCAUUGAUGACUCUAAUUAACUACAAUUUGGAGAUAUUGCUAUUAGAAAUUGUCUUACCUAACUUAGUAUCAUAUCAAAUGGUCAAAAAUUUCGCCCUUUAAAACUUCCUUCUUUACCCCCCUUAAAUACGCUUGAUAUAACCGAGCUACAAAGAAGGAUGUCACGAAAUAAAGCAAUUAGCUUUGAUGGCGUAUCUGACAAUUUUAUUAGGAAUUGUAAAAAUGUCCAUAUUUUUUGUGAUAUAUGGAAAUAAUCUACAAUUGAAACCAACUACGCAUGCUGUAGAGCAAGACUAGUACCCUUAAACAAGGUUUUCCCCGAUAUCCCUACUAAAACUUAGUUUCGACCUAUUACAAUUCUAAGUCCCCUAUUUAAGCUGCUUGAAUUAAGAUUUCUGCCAAGACUAUAACAAUAUUUGUCCACUCGCUUAUCUAAAGGUCAAGCAGGAUUCAUUCCUGGUUCAUCUACUCAAAUAAAUAUCAUCAGACUCUUAAAUACUUUAACUGGUUACAAGAAAUAGGAUAAAAUGGAUUGCAUCUUUAUUGAUUUUAGCAAUGCCUUCAAUAGCAUAAAUAGAUAAAGACUAUUUAAUAUUUUAUCUGCUAAAUCAAUUUUGGAUGGCAUCGAAAUAAAAUUCCUUAAUCACCUCUAUACAAAUCUCCAUUAUAUUUGCCCAUAAAUGAAUACCACAUUUUACUUCUAAAACGGUGUUCCUCAAGGAUCUCCACUGUCUCCCGCACUUUUUAAUAUAUAUCUUGAAGAUUUUUUAGCUUCAUUAAAACAAAACUGUAAUUUUAAUUAUACUUCCUAUGAAUUUGCGGACGACAUUGUAAUUAUUAUUGCUCAUAGAAAUAUCCAAUCCUUUUUAUAAAAGUUGGUUUUAAUUUCUGAAGAAUAUGAACUUAGAUUAAACUAGAAAAAAUGUGGAAUCUUUUUCAUCCAAAAUCAUAAGCGCUGUUAAUAUAACAAUAUAUAAGGAUUUCCUAUUGUGAAAUCUUAUAAAUACCUCGGAAUAAAUAUAUUGAACAAUGGAAAAAUAAGUCUAUAGCUUGAUAAAGUAGAAUAAACUCUAAAAUUUUUAAGUGGAAAGUUGCUAUGGGUUUCUUAAAAACUUAAUUGGAAGCAGAAAUAUUAAUUAUUCUAAACUUUUCUCCUUCCACACAUACUCUAUAUUUGUCCUUCAAUCCCAACCUAGAAAUACAAAAACAUAUUUCAACGCUUAUAAAAAUUAUAUAAAUCUAGCUUUAAAAAGGUUUGUGGAUUUCCUAAAUGCUUACCUAACGAAUUUUUAGAUUUGAUAUUACCCCCUCUAGAACUUCUUAUAGCAAAGCAUACAAAUAAGGUUAUCAGUAGGAUGAACAACGGAAACUUUGGUUAAACUACUUUUAUCAAUAAUUACUUUAACGAGAUAGAAGAAAUGAAUUAAAAUUCAAUAUACAAAUUUCUCCCCAAUAAUUUUAAUUAGCUGUUCUACCUGUACCCUAAAAUCUGUAGGACCCACUAAUGUAAUCUUUCAUACCGCCAUAUAAUAAAUUUCCAUUCCAAUUUCCAUAUUUCAGAGUUUUUAAUAAAUCUAAGAGGCAUCUUCAAUAAUAAUUAGUAAAUACAAUAACCAAAAAACUAAUGUAAUAGAUUGGAAAAAAUAAUUGCAAAGCUUUUAACUGAAUGA